GGGAAGUGCGACCGUCAAUAUCAGAGGAUCCUGGAUCAGCUGUUAGCUGUCGACCCUCCACAACAUCCACUGAAAACAGAUAGUCACCGCUUCGUAUGCAGAUUGAAGUCAGACGUGCAGCAGCUUCACCCCGUUUUCAGGCAGCAUGAACUCUCUCCCGGGAAGAGCCGCACUGUCUCUGUGCAGGCGCACGGCCGCAGCGGGCGGGAUGAGGGUCUUCGCCGGUUCCCCGGGUCACCCCGCCGGUGGCAUGCCCGCCGACAGGGCCUCUCUGCAGGCCGUGCGGGUCUGCCACUCCGGGACGAGUCGCAAGGGCAGCGUCAGUACCAAGAAGCGGGGCUACGACAUCACCAGAAACCCACACCUCAAUAAGGGAAUGGCGUUCACCCUGGAGGAGCGCCUACAGCUGGGCAUCCACGGCCUGCUGCCCCCCUGCUUCCUCUCCCAGGAUGUGCAGGUGCUGCGUGUCAUGAAGAGCUACGAAACACGCUCCAAUCCUUUAGACAAGUACAUCCUGCUGAUGACGCUGCAGGACAGGAACGAGAAGUUGUUCUACCGUUUGCUGACCUCUGACAUCGAGGAGUUCAUGCCCAUCGUGUACACUCCCACUGUGGGCUUGGCCUGCCAACAGUAUGGCCACGCCUUCAGGAGACCACGAGGACUCUUCAUCACCAUCCACGAUAGAGGCCACAUCGCCACCAUGCUCAACUCCUGGCCCGAGGAAGACAUAAAGGCCAUUGUGGUGACUGACGGGGAGCGUAUCCUCGGCCUGGGUGACCUGGGAACCAACGGCAUGGGCAUUCCUGUCGGGAAGCUGGCGCUCUACACGGCCUGCGGUGGUGUUCGGCCGCAGCAGUGUCUCCCUGUGCUGCUGGACGUUGGCACUGACAACCAGACGUUGCUUGACGACCCGUUGUACAUUGGACUGAGGCACAAGAGAAUCAGAGGAAAGGAGUACGACGAGCUGGUCGACGAGUUCAUGCAGGCAGUGACGGACAAGUACGGGAUGAGCUGUCUGAUUCAGUUUGAGGAUUUCGCCAACAGCAACGCUUUUCGCAUCCUCAACAAAUACAGGAAUCGAUACUGCAGCUUCAACGACGACAUCCAGGGCACGGCCUCAGUAGCUGUUGCUGGGAUCUUAGCUGCUCUGAAGAUCACCAAGAACACACUCUUAGACCACACCGUUGUUUUUCAGGGCGCGGGCGAGGCUGCUCUGGGUAUCGCUCACCUGCUCAUAAUGGCCAUGGCCAAAGAAGGAGUAAGUAGAGAAGAAGCGGCCAAGAGAAUCUGGAUGGUGGACUCAAAAGGUCUCAUUGUGAAGGGAAGAGGCAAUAUCAACCACGAGAAGGAGGAGUUUGCUCACGAUCACCCGCACAUAAAGACCCUGGAGGAAGUGGUGCACACCGUCAAACCCACUGCGAUCAUAGGAGUGGCUGCUAUCGCUGGAGCGUUUACUGAGAAGAUUAUCAAAGACAUGGCGUCCUUCAAUGAGAGGCCAAUUAUCUUUGCCCUGAGUAAUCCCACCAGCAAGGCGGAGUGCACAGCAGAGCAGUGCUACCAGCUCACAGAGGGCCGGGGCAUCUUCGCCAGUGGAAGUCCGUUCGACAAAGUGACACUGGCUGAUGGACGCACCUUCCACCCCGGCCAGGGAAACAACGCCUACGUCUUCCCCGGAGUUGCUUUGGGUGUUAUUGCCUGUGGAGUGCGCCACAUAUCUGAUGAUCUCUUCCUCACCACCGCAGAGGCGAUAGCUGACAUGGUAACGGAGGAGAACCUGGCAGAGGGAAGACUCUAUCCUCCUCUCAGCACCAUCAGAGAGGUGUCCUUCAAGAUCGCAGUGAAGAUUGUCAACUAUGCAUACAAGCACAACAUGGCUUCACUAUACCCUGAGCCCAAAGACAAGGAGGCGUUUGUGCUGUCUCACAUCUACAGUCCAGAUUACGACUCCUUCGCUCUGGACACAUACAACUGGCCACAGGAAGCCAUGGAUGUCCAGGACGUGUGAUCCUGACUCUCCCUCUCUAAACUCAAUAUGCUGAUGUGGUGUCACGUACAAUUUCUGCAUUGCCUCUCUUUGUUUCUGUCUUUCAUUUAUAAAUGUUAGUAAGCCUCUGCCCUCCUUGCAGAGGGACAGGGGUCAUUAUAAUUUAGAUGCCAAAUAGACGGUCUCUAUUAUUCUUAUUAUGAGUGUUGAAAUGUUAAGUACAAUCUUUCAGUGCUGUACCUUUUUUGUUUUGUCAGUUCUUUGUACCUCAUUGAAGGUCUUGACUGAGUAAAAUAUUUAAUAGCCGCACACAUUAACAGCAUAUCAAAUAUCAUGACAGGACCUUUAAAGCUUUGCAACUUAAACUACACUCCCUCUACUAGAUUUCCCUGCUAAGAUGUCAUAUUUAAAGUCGCAUUGACUCAAAAUCUGUUUUUGAGAGAUGAAUCGGAGCUAAAAUAAGGACGCAGUGGUUAAAAUGAAAACACGUUUCCUCUUUUCUCGACACAAAUCAACAGUGAAAUCAUGAAGUUUAAAACAAGACAAAAAUUGAACAGAAACUCUCGGUUCCUCCUGUUUGGCCUCAGGAGAUUAAAACCUUUUUUUGUACCUUUCUAUCUGCCCACAUGUUCUAACCUGCACACAAGAUCUAAAAACACUCCACAAUGUGUUUCUACAUAUCUGCCUCCCUUUGAGAACUAGUUAUUCUUAAUGGGAGGGAGGCAUUGUUGGGGAUUUAGCGUCACCAUCAGGAUGUUUUUCUAUACAACGGUGUCUUUUCUUUUAGUUUUGUACAGAGCUAUUAUGUGUUCUGGUGUUUUUGCCAAAGUUACUGAUGAACUGUAUCUUCUAUUUUACUCCUAGAGAACAUGAUGCACUGCAAGCUUUAGUAGUGGAAGAUAUUUCCAAGUUUUUAAAGGGAACAUAAAACUUUUUAAAUAAAAUUGU